CAAAUCCAACUGUGAAUUCCCAAUUUACAGUGGUGUAAUUUUUUGCAUCUUUUACGCUCUUGGGAUGGCGAUUUACAACUCGUACACCAUUUAUAAAGCCAAGAGGGACCCAUCCAUUGUGUCACAGAUGUGGGUUUUCCCAUUUAUCCUGCUGAACUCAGUUGUGACAGUUCUCAUGCUUGUUGCCUCCUGUAUGGUCGGUGUUGGUUUUAAAGAGAUGUGUGACUCCUUGACGAAAGGGGAACACAAGUAUUUUCCCAGUUGUAUAGAAGCAGAAAACCAGAAGCUUGAGUCAGUGGCAACAAAGGAAACUUCUUCUACGGGACGCUUCUACACCUUAAUUAAUGUUACUCAGAAUGCCUCAUGGAUUUGUACAGUUUGCUGGCUGGUGCUGGUUAUUUUUGGUAUUGUCCAAUUUGUACUCAAUAGACGCCAGAAAUCUCAUACACGUCAUGAAGUCAAUUAACAGAGCCAGUACAGAACGGACGUCAUAGUGAAGAAUCUACGUCAUAUGAUGUAUAUUAUCACUUACGUCAUAGACUUCAUGACAUCAUUAUCAGAUGAAGUAAAACUAGUCGUUCAUUAAAUGAGUACUUAUACACGUACAUGUAUCUCGCAGCUGAAAGGACGUUUGACAGAAUCCAAACCCGAUAUCCUCUGUGUCCUUUUGGUUCUGUAGCUAUAAUAUGGAAACUUUUGUAACUUUUGCAUUCUUUUUCUUCUCUAAUUAUGAUUGUUAUUGAGUAUGAAGAUAGAUAAAUGUUUUUAUCGGUUCUUUUAUUUUUCUAUAUAAACAUGUUUUUAGAAAUAAACAACAAUCUUAAAAAGUUCUCUGGGAAAGAACUUUUAGUUGGUCACGUGAUUUAAAACCUAAUGCACGUCAAAAGAAGAUUGAUUGUACAACUCGUGAUUGAAAAAUAUCCAUAUUGUUAAUCAU